GUGCUUGCUCUAAUCAACAUUCCAUUUCUUUGGUUACCAUCGAUCGACUUCGAAUUUCCGUAUUCACGGUUUUUCUGCAAAAUCGCUAAUGUACUUCCUGGAAGCAACAUCUACUGUUCGACGCUUACCAUUUCCGUCAUGGCGAUUGAUCGGUACUACUCCGUAAAACAGCUGAAAGUUGCGUCAAACCGACGGCAGUGUAUGAAAGCGAUAUGUGUAUCUUUGUCUAUAUGGGUGGUCUCAUUCCUUCUUUCUUUACCACUUCUUCUCUACUACGAUACUACCAUGCUUUACGUUGUAAAGUUGCUGAUGUCGCUGCUCCAAGUCGUUUCGCUCUACAUUGUGCCACUGUUCGUACUGUCAAUCUUCAAUGUGAAAUUGACACGUUUCUUGAAAACGAAUGCUAAUCAAAUGGCAAAAAAUCGUUCGGAAAGCAGCAGGAGAAGAGGCGGUGAUGGUACGAGGAGAAAUGGAGAGAUCACUACACGAUCGCAGUCGAAUCCUUCUCUAAGAAGUUCCAUAGCGGAACGAGCAAGCGAUCGAAGGACGAGUAGAACCACUGCUCUGCUUAUUGCAAUGGCUGGAAGUUAUGCGGCUCUUUGGCUUCCGUUCACGCUUAUUUCGCUACUUCUGGAUUUGGACAUCCUAUAUGGG